GAGAACGUGGAGCUGCUCGUUCAGGAGCUGCGGCGGCCCAAGUACAGCAUCUAUUUCAUUUAUUUCAGUAACGUGAUCAGUAAGAGCGAGGUCAAGUCGUUGGCCGAGGCUGAUGAACAGGAAGUUGUGGCCGAAGUUCAGGAGUUCUACGGCGAUUACAUCGCGGUGAAUCCACACGUGUUUUCUCUCAACCUCUUGGGCUGCUGCCAGGGUCGCAACUGGGAGCCGGCUCAGCUCUCCAGGACGACUCAAGGGCUGACUGCUCUGCUUUUGUCCCUGAAGAAGUGCCCCAUGAUUCGCUACCAGCUCUCUUCGGAGGCAGCCAAGAGGCUUGCUGAAUGUGUGAAGCAAGUAAUCACGAAGGAGUACGAGCUGUUCGACUUCCGGCGCACCGAGGUUCCUCCUUUGCUUCUCAUUCUGGACCGCUCCGACGAUGCCAUCACCCCGCUUCUGAACCAGUGGACGUACCAGGCCAUGGUUCACGAGUUGCUGGGGAUUAACAACAACCGCAUCGACCUCUCUCGGGUACCAGGGAUAAGCAAGGAUCUCCGAGAAGUGGUCCUGUCUGCCGAGAACGAUGAGUUCUACGCCAACAACAUGUACCUGAACUUCGCAGAGAUUGGCAGUAACAUCAAGAAUCUCAUGGAGGAUUUCCAGAGGAGGAAACCCAAGGAGCAGCAGAAGCUGGAAUCCAUAGCAGAUAUGAAGGCGUUUGUGGAGAAUUACCCCCAGUUCAAGAAGAUGUCGGGCACGGUCUCCAAGCACGUGACGGUGGUGGGCGAGCUCUCCCGGCUGGUGGGGGAGCGGAACCUGCUGGAGGUGUCCGAAGUGGAGCAGGAGCUG